UGGUUGUUUCCCCUAGCUGGGUAGACCACUCAGGGCAGGAGCCCAGGACUGAAAGAGCCAGUAGGAGGGAAUUUAGUGAAGGCUUCCUCAGCUGAUGACGCAGUUUUUUUAAGAAUUUAAUUUAAUCCCAAAUCCCGUAACACACUGGGUAUCUGGACCUUUGGUGAACGGAAAAACAUCCGUCAAUAUGUUGUGCUCCCAUGGACCCCACUGCAGGUGGUCGUCAAGGCCUUUGAGUGGUUAGAAUUCAUUUUGGCGCCUCUUCUAGUGUCAGCUGGGAUGUUUAGGAGCCAGGCCGGUUGUGGUGUAGUAGACUUGGAGUGAGGCUCAAAUCUUGUGCACGCCACUAAGGAAGGGUCUACUUGAGAAAAUCAUCUGAUUUCUUGGGACAUCCCAAAGCCCAGAGUGGGACCGCGUUGUUGUUGUUGUUAUUGCUGUUGUUGUUGCAUGAUGUCAUGACUUGGACCAUGGCCUUUGAACCCGAGUUCACCCUGGCGGAUGCUAAGUCGGCCUUGAUUGCUUUGCUCAAUGCAUUUCAGAGCGCCAAAUACCAAACUCAAUUGGAGGCACUCCGAGCAGAGGCGGGAGAUGAUAUGAUCAAGCAAAUGCAGAUUGUAUUUCCAGUAGUGGCAAAGAUACAGGCUGAAGUGAUCCAUAGGUACGGAUUCUCGGCAGAUGGUGAGGGCGUGAUCCAGUUCAUGCAGCAUGUCAAGCUGUACGAAAGAGAGGAUCCUGAGAUUGCCAGACUGUCAUUGCUCGUGAAGUCGCACUCAAUUCCGCCCAUGGACUCAAGAUAG